AUGGACAACAUCUUGGAGAUUCUACAGACCAUUCAUAUUGGUGCAGUUGUUGCAACUUUCCUUUUCAACACUGGACGUAUUAUAAGAGCAGUAGACAUCUUUAACGAAUGUUUGGUGCUCCUUAACGGUAAAGCCCUAGAGACAAUCAAAGAACUUACCACACCACUUCUUAUCUAUGUAUACCGUAAGCUUCUUGAUGGCUAUACUCUUGUGUACGAUCACACCCGUGCGAUAGAAUGUGGUAAAAGGCUUUUAGUGACACUACACAAUAGUGGCCAAAAAGAAGUACAAGGGAUGACAUUACUUAAACUAGCAAACAUCUACUAUCAAAGAAGCAAAUACGAGGAAGCAAAACAGUUUUACAAGAGAGCACUCAGCAUCAUGAUUGAGGCUGGAAAUAAUGACGGAGUUGGAACAUGCUACGGGAAUCUAGGAACUGUAUUUCUUUCUGUUGGUCAGUAUACCAAGGCUGAAGAAUACCUUCAAAAAGCACUAGUGAUCAGCAAAGAAAUCGGUGACAAACAAGGAGAAGCAUCUGCUUACGGAAAUCUAGGAACUGUGUUUAAAUAUGUUGGACAAUAUACCAAGGCUGAAGAAUACCUUCAAAAAGCACUAGUGAUCAGGAAAGAAAUCGGUGACAAACAAGGAGAAGCAGCAGAUUACGGAAAUCUAGGAACUGUGUUUAACUCUGUUGGACAAUAUACCAAGGCUGAAGAAUACCUUCAAAAAGCACUAGUGAUCUGGAAAGAAAUCGGUGACAAGCAAGAAAGGCAGCAGAUUACGGAAAUCUAGGAACCGUGUUUAAAUCUGUUGGUCAAUAUACCAAGGCUGAAGAAUACCUUCAAAAAGCACUAGUGAUCAGGAAAGAAAUCGGUGAUAAAAAAGGACAAGCAUCUGCUUACGGAAAUCUAGGAACUGUGUUUCAAUCUGUUGGACAAUAUACCAAGGCUGAAGAAUACCUUCAAAAAGCAAUAGUGAUCAGGAAAGAAGUCGGUGACAAACAAGGAGAAGCAGCAGAUUACGGAAAUCUAGGAACUGUGUUUAAAUCUGUUGGACAAAAUACCAAGGCUGAAGAAUACCUUCAAAAAGCACUAGUGAUCAGGAAAGAAAUCGGUGACAAAGAAGGAGAAGCAUCUGCUUACGGAAAUCUAGGAACUGUGUUUAAAUCUGUUGGACAAUAUACCAAGGCUAAAGAAUACCUUCAAAAAGCACUAGUGAUCAUGAAAGAAAUCGGUGACAAAGGAGGAGAAGCAUCUGCGUACGGAAAUCUAGGAACUGUGUUUAAAUCUGUUGGUCAAUAUACCAAGGCUGAAGAAUACCUUCAAAAAGCACUAGUGAUCAGAAAAGAAAUCGGUGACAAAGAAGGAGAAGCAUCUGCUCACGGAAAUCUAGGAACUGUGUUUCAAUCUGUUGGUCAAUAUACCAAGGCUGAAGAAUACCUUCAAAAAGCACUAGUGAUCAGGAAAGAAAUCGGUGACAAAGAAGGAGAAGCAGCAGAUUACGGAAAUCUAGGAACUGUGUUUCAAUCUGUUGGUCAAUAUACCAAGGCUGAAGAAUACCUUCAAAAAGCACUAGUGAUCAGGAAAGAAAUCGGUGACAAACAAGGAGAAGCAGUAGCUUACGGAAAUCUAGCAACUGUGUUUCUUUCUGUUGGACAAUAUACCAAGGCUGAAGAAUACCUUCAAAAAGCACUGGUGAUGAAGCAAGAAAGCGGAGACAAAGCUGGUGUUGGAGCUUCAUACUUAAAUCUGGCAAAACUUUGGCGAGAAUUUCAACUUACUGCAAAGAGUCAAGAAUUUGCUAAUAAAGCACUUGAGAUAAGUUACGAAAUAGGGGACAUUGAAAUGCAGUUUAACAGCCACCUUACCACUGCUCUGAACGAGUUAGUGGCAGGAGGAAGCAUACCUGAACUUCUGCGAAAUCUGCAUAAAAGCAUUGAGAAGUGCGAAGAAAUGCAUAAUUUUUUAAGAGUACAAGAUCAAUUCAAAAUUUCUUUUUUUGACGAGCAUGUGUCCCCUUACCUUCUUCUUUGUAGGUUGUUAAUUGCUACAGGCAGUUAUUAUGAAGCUCUUUACGUUGCCGAGCUUGGACGAUCCAGAGCACUGACAGACGUACUUUCAGAUAAGUACUCCGUGGAAAAAGGGGUAUCAGUCAACCCACAGUCAUGGAUUGGUAUUGAGAACAUUAUGAACAAAAAUGCACUUAGUUCUUGUCUUUAUGUUUCCUGCUUCGAUGAUAAUAUGUACUUUUGGAUUCUCAAGCCAAACAAAAUUACAGUUUUUCGACAAACGAGACUCGAAGAAAGUGCAGAUAAAGUUUUUGGAAAUCAGACAUUUGGUGGUUCUCUUAAUUUAUGUCAGGACCAAUGCGAAGAUCGAUCAUUGUUUUCAUGUGUAAGUUCCCUGCCAUCAUGCAAACCAUCUCAGAGUGGCAGCUUCGAAUCUUUGCGUCUUAUUGAAGAAGAGGAAGACGAAAAUCACGACUCUAAACCUUUGACCCUUGCUGAUGGUUACAACAUGAUAGUCGCUCCUGUAGCUGACUUACUCCAAGAAUCAGAAAUCAUUAUUAUACCAGAUAACUUGUUGUAUCCAAUUCCUUUUGCUGCUUUAAAGGAUGGUAAUGGAAAGUAUUUAUCGGAUACUCUCGGGAUUCGCAUUGUCCCUUCCUUGACAACUCUUAAGUUGAUUCAGCUCAGUCCAGCAGACUACCAUAGUAAAACCGGUGCACUGAUCGUAGGGGAGCCAGACGUUAGUGAUGUAUACUACCAAGGAAAAAUUCUACAGUUAAACCCACUGCCUUGGGCGAGAAAGGAAGCAGAGAUGAUUGGGCGACUGCUCGAUGUUCAACCGUUGCUUGGAAAGGAUGCAACUAAGCAGGCAGUCCUGGAAAGCAUGCAUUCAGUAAGUCUCAUUCACUUCGCUGCUCAUGGUGAUGACGAACGUGGAGAAAUAGCUCUUUCCCCUAUAAGCUCCUGCGGAACUCCACACGAAGAAGACUACUUAUUAACGAUGGCUGAAAUUUUACAAGUUCGACUAACAGCCAAGCUGGUUGUCCUUAGCUGCUGUCAUAGUGCAAGUGGUCAGAUUAGAGCUGAGGGAAUUGUUGGAAUCGCUCGAGCAUUUCUAGCAUCGGGUGCACGCGCCGUGCUGGCGGCGCUGUGGGCUGUAGAUGACAAAGCUACCAUGUGGUUUAUGAGUCAUUUCUACGAGCACCUUGUUCGUGGUGAAAGUGCCAGUGAAUCUCUUCAUCAGGCCAUGAAGUCGAUGAGAGAGACUCGCUUUUCUGACGUCAAGCAGUGGGCACCCUUUAUGCUGAUUGGAGAUAAUGUGACAUUCAAA